AUGGAAGUGGAAUUAACAGAAGCUCAGAUUGAGCAGCUAGAAAAGCAAAAUAAACGGAUGGUUUCUAACUUCGAAGCGUCUAAAUUGGAGCGCGAAGCGAAGAAGCAUUGGGACAAGUUCUACAUGCGCAACACUACGAAUUUCUUCAAAGAUCGCCACUGGACCGAACGCGAGUUUCCCGAGUUGGCAAGCGAAAAUUUGACAAUUAUUGAACUUGGAUGCGGUGUGGGCAACUUUAUCUUUCCAAUUUUGGAAGCAAACAAGAGCGCUUCCGGAUUCAGUUGCGAUUUUUCCCCAAGAGCGGUCGACUUUGUAAAGAAUAGAGCAAAAGAUGAAGGGCUAGAGGGUCGUUUACUAACGUUUACGGCUGACUUGACACUAAACGACUGGUUAAAAAAUGUAACGGAAAAGCCUCGCUCAUCUUCGUCCUCUCCGCAAUUCACCCUGACAAGCACGUGA